AUGCAGUUUGCCGAGGCCAUUCGCCAGGAUCCACUUUUGACCGUCGCAUGUACUCGUAAUCAGGCCAAGGCGAUCAUCAGGUGCAUGAAGGAGUCCCUGCACAACAAAGUCAUGCAUGCAUGCUGCCAGAAGAUUCUGCAUCUGGCCAUGGUAGAGAACUUGAGCAUGAUUGAACUCGUCAUAGAGAACGAUGUGAUCAGCUCUGUGACUGAGUGCAUGAGACGUCACAGCGACAAUGAAGACGUCCUCGACAUUUGCUGUAUCUCCCAUUGCGCCUUCAACAUCUUUCGGCUGCCCCUAUGCAUUGCCCGUGCUCGUGAGGCCGGCGCGGUUGAGGCCCUUGUGGCGGCAAUGAAGCGAUUCCCAACGCGUCUAUCUUUGGUGCGGAACGCGUGUGCCGCGCUCGGAUUGAUCUCUGGCACGGGAUACACUCCGAAUCAGGAUCGGAUCAGGCAGGCAGGAGGCAUCGAGGCAAUCCUUACCGUCAUCAAGGACCAUGCAGAGGAAGAAGUAAUCAUUAAGGCAGCCUUCUCAGCGCUGACCAGCCUUGUAGAAGGAGCACACGAGGAGAACCUCGAGCUCAUCGGGAACCAAGAUGGUGUCAAGGCGAUCGUGGAUGCGUUGCAGCUCCACACGGAGGAAGCAGUGCUAGAGGAAGGCUGCAGGAUCCUGUCGAGACUCUCAAAAGUCCCCCGGAUCUGUGAGUUGAUAAGAGAACACGGGGGGAUCCCAGUCGUACUAGAUGCGAUGAGCCAGAACUGGGAGUUCGACGAACUACAGACGGACGCAUGCCUGAUACUGUCUAACAUGGCUUCCUGCGGCAGGUCCUGUAAAAUGGCCAUCCAAAAUGCCAAUGGUAUCGGGGCAAUCACAAUGUCCAUGAGCAACUGUAUUGAUGUGGCUGAGGUGCAGACGCUGGGCUGCCGAGCGUUUGGCUAUCUGGCGAACGAUAAUUUCAGAUAUGUGGUAGAGAUCAUUGAGGUGCAGGGAUUUGCAUGCAUCAUAGCGGCGAUAAAAGCCUACCCAAAGGAUGCCCUAGUGCAGAUCCAAGGUUUCCGAGUUCUUAUGACAAUGAUCAACGUUAUGAACUCAGUGCAAGGCAUGAUCGCAAGGGUGAACGGGAUCAAUCUCGUCAUAUCAGCGCUCAAGGAACACAGACAGGACGUCUCAGUGCAACAGGAAGCAGCUCUCCUGCUCUCGGUGUUGGCGAAAAAUAACCCAGAUGUCCAGGAGUUGAUUAGAGAGGCUGGUGGAAUCGAGGUCACAGUGGGGGCCAUGCUUACUCACCCCUUGCACCAGUUGGUCCUGCACGCAGCCUGCACUGCCAUCAGCGUGUUUGCGAUGUCAAGCAAGCAGGAUCAGGACUUGGUGAGGGAGGCCAGGGGGAUCGAGGCGAUCGUUGCCGCUAUGAAACAGCACCGUCGCUGCUCCCCUCUGCAGGACAUUGCCAGCGUCGCCCUCGGCAGGUUGUCGGAUGGGAACCAGGAGAAUCAGACUCGGAUCCGUGAGGCCGGUGGCAUCGAGCUCGUAGUGAGGACAAUGGGGGCCCACAGAUGGGAGAGGAACUUCCCGGGGGAGGAAACCAUCGGCGAAAAAGCACGCAGGGCCCUCGACCAGAUCGGAAAGGACAAUCGGGAGAACCAGACCAGAAUCGCGGAGCUGACGAAGAUUAAGUGA